AUGAAGACAUCCAUCGCUUACAUCAUCGCCGUGGCCCUCUUCGGAGCUACGCAGGCUGCCAUCACCCCGAUGAACAACAUCAUUCGUCACGAGUACAACCUCAACGCCAGAGCCGGCGUUCACGGCAACAUUGAGAGAGACGAGCCCGCCCUUGCCCCCGAGGGCGAUGGACGAGGAGUUUAG